AGCGAGCCCCCGGGACCCCUCGCCACCACCGCCCGGUGACAGCCAGCGCCAUGGAGUCGGUGGCUCUGUACAGCUUCCAGGCGACGGAGAAGGACGAGCUGCCCUUUCAGAAAGGGGACACCCUGAAGAUCCUCAACAUGGAAGACGACCAGAACUGGUACAAGGCCGAGCUGUACGGCUGCGAGGGCUUCGUCCCCAAAAACUACAUCAAGGUCAAGCCACAUCCGUGGUACGCGGGCAGGAUCUCCCGGCACCUGGCAGAGGAGCAGCUCCUCAAGCGCAAACACCUGGGAGCUUUCCUGAUCCGUGACAGCGAGAGCUCCCCGGGGGAGUUCUCCGUCUCUGUCAACUAUGGGCAGCACGUCCAGCACUUCAAGGUGCUGAGGGAGAGGAACGGCAAAUAUUUCCUCUGGGAGGAAAAGUUCAACUCCCUCAAUGAGCUGGUGGAUUUCUACAGGACGACCACUAUCGCCAAAAAGCAGCAGAUCUUCCUCCGAGAUGAGGACCAGACCCAGGAGGUGAGGAGGCCCAAAUUCGUGCAAGCCCAGUUCGACUUCUCAGCCCAUGAUGGCUCCCAGCUGCCCUUCCUCCGUGGGGACAUCAUCGAGGUCCUGGACUGCCCCGACCCCAACUGGUGGCAGGGGAAGAUCUACGGGCGCGUCGGCCUCUUCCCCCGCAACUACGUCCACCCCAUCCGCAAGUGAGCUGCUGCCGGUGCUGCG